AUGUGUUCCUCAAUUCACGUCAUUGUACGAAUCUUCAGGAAGCCAAAUAUUGAACCUCUAAUACCGUCCCUCCUCACUACGCUCUCCUCGGAACGACAAGAUGACGAUAUCUCUGGGGAACUCGUCGAGGCUAUUGGUUUUGACAAUAUCGAACUAGCAACGGACAUCUUAGUCAACCGUCGCCAAAUUGUCCGAGAAGCUAGAAGGCGGAUAGAAGAGACCUUACGGGCGAACGCUUCCCGUCCACUCUUUACUGGAACAGCAGAUAACGCGCCAGAAACACUGCCACAUGUAUACACAUCCUCGUCGAUGGUCCAAGGCAAUGUUCUUUCUCAUCUCGGCACGAAGUACAUGUUGCCACUGGGUACAGUUCGGCAGGAUUAUGAAGAUUACGAAGAAGUUAUCUUACCCCCCGCUAAUGCUGUUCCUCCCCGCGCGACCGAACGACUCAUUCCUGUGACUGAGCUCGAUGAUCUCGCAAAAGGGUCGUUUCCGGGGUACACUUCAUUGAACAGGAUACAGUCUAUUGUGUAUCCGACUGCAUACAAGUCCAACGAGAAUAUGCUUGGUAAGACAGAUGUCGCUAUGUUGGCCAUCCUACGCGUCUUGGACCAACAUCGUGGUCCCGCGAAGGGCUCGUCUUCGUUAGCCUCGACCAUCAAUCGAGAUAAAUUCAAGAUCAUAUAUGUCGCUCCUAUGAAAGCGCUCGCAUCGGAAAUUGUGCGAAAACUUGGGAGACGUCUGAAGUGGCUGUCGAUCACGGUCCGAGAACUCACAGGCGACAUGCAGUUGACAAAGAAAGAGAUCGCCGAAACGCAAAUUAUUGUUACCACUCCAGAGAAGUGGGACGUAGUCACUCGCAAACCAACCGGGGAGGGUGAAGUAGCAUCUACAGUGAAGCUACUCGUCAUCGAUGAAGUCCAUCUUCUCAACGACGACCGUGGUGCUGUGAUAGAAACUAUCGUUGCUCGUACCCUGCGACAGGUCGAGUCCAGUCAAUCUGUCAUCCGCAUCGUGGGUCUGAGUGCCACUCUGCCAAACUAUAUCGACGUUGGCGAUUUCCUGAGUGUGAACCGAUACACUGGGCUUUUCUAUUUCGAUUCAUCCUUCAGGCCUGUUCCUCUGGAGCAGCACUUCAUUGGAGUGAGGGGCAAGCCAAACAGCCAGCAGUCACGCAAAAAUCUCGAUCGAGUCACAUUCGACAAGGUCAAAGAACUGGUGCAUGAGGGGCACCAGGUCAUGGUUUUUGUGCAUGCCAGAAAAGAGACAGUAAAAUCAGCGCUGGCGCUUGAGGAGGCCGCCACGGCCGAGGGCGUAUUGGAUGAAUUCAGCUGCGAAGAUCAUCCUUCUUUCUCACUCUUCCGCCGUGAUAUUUCCCAGUCCAGGAAUAAGGAGAUGAAGCAGUUGUUUGAUACUGGCUUUGGGAUUCAUCAUGCUGGCAUGCUCAGGAGCGACAGGAACAUGAUGGAAAGAAUGUUUGAAGCUAGAGCAAUUAAGGUUCUAUGCUGUACAGCCACAUUGGCAUGGGGAGUAAACUUGCCUGCACACGCUGUUAUUAUCAAGGGCACUCAGGUCUACGACAGUGCCAAGGGUGCAUUCACCGACCUCUCUGUCCUAGACGUCUUGCAAGUGUUUGGACGGGCGGGUCGACCUGGAUUAGAAACCAGUGGAGUUGGGUUCAUUUGCACAACUAACGACAAACUAGACCACUAUCUCGAUGCUGUCACCGCUCAGACUCCAAUCGAAUCGAGAUUUACCUCCGGUAUGAUCGACGCUUUGAAUGCGGAGAUCGCAUUGGGAACAGUGGCUAACGUGCGCGACGCGGUGCAAUGGCUGGGAUAUACAUACAUGUUUGUUAGAAUGCGCAAGAACCCAUUCCAGUAUGGCCUAACGCGCGAGCAAGUGCAAGAUGAUCCAUCUCUAGGUGCCAAAUGUGGUCAACUUGUUCUUGAGUCGGCCUCAAAACUCCAAGAAGCACGAAUGAUCACCUCUGACAGUAGCAAGAAUUUCACGAUCACAGACCUGGGGCGGAUCGCUGCUAAAUACUAUAUCAGACAUGCAUCCAUCGAGAUCUUCAAUCAACUUUUCAAGCCCAGGAUGUCUGAGGCCGACGUAUUGGCAAUGCUUUGCAUGAGCACGGAAUUUGAUCAAAUCCAAGUUCGAGAGAACGAGGUCAAGGAACUCGAUCAGUUGAUGAAAUCUGAGGAAACAGUACCAUGUUACGUGAAAGGAGGCACAGAUACCAGUCAAGGCAAAGUCAAUAUUUUGCUUCAAAGCUACAUCUCUGGUCGUAGACCCGAUGAUUUUGCCCUGGUUUCCGAUCAAGCUUACGCGGCGCAGAAUGGCGGUCGCAUCGUGCGAGCUCUACUCGAGAUCGCAAUCAGCCGAAAAUGGGCGAAUGCGAGCUCCGUACUUAUGGGCAUGAGUAAGGCGAUCGAGAAACGACUCUGGCCGUUUGAGCAUCCACUCAAACAAUUUAGCCUCAAGCCGGAUGUUCUCUACAAUCUCGAGAGGUGGGCGGACGAGUAUUCGGUGGCAGAGCUUGCUUCACAGACCCCAGACGAGCUGGGAAAGCUAGUUCGUCUCAACGCGGACCAUGGCCUAGCGAUACGUAAUGCGGCGAAGCAGUUCCCGACUGUUAUGAUUGACUGCAAGUUACGGCCGCUAGGCUUCGACGUGCUCCGAGUUGCGGCACGAGUUUCAAGGGACUUCAACUGGAAUACCAAGAUUCAUGGACAGAUCGAACCAUUCUGGUUGUGGAUUGAGGAUAACGAGGGUUUGACUAUUCUACAGCUCUCCCAUCUCGCCUUUCGACAGGACGUAGACGCUCUCGACGUCGACUUCGUUAUUGCGAUACCGAACGGCAAGGCACCUCCAUCUGUCACAAUACGCUUUGUCUCCGACAGAUGGAUAGGAGCCGAAGACGAAGUCGCUGUUCCCUUGGAUGGCCUCAUCAUGCCGUCUUCAUCCGAAUGCCAUUCGCCUCCCCUCGACCUUCCUUUCCUCCCGCUAUCAGUGUUGCAUCAGCCUGCUGUUGAAAAGGCACUGUCCCGCCACAUACGAGGUUUCAAUGCACUUCAGACUCAGGCUCUUUGGAGUAUCGUGAGAACCAAAAUGCAUGCAUUGCUAUGUGCUCCCGCGGGCUACGCUCCUGAUAACUCGUGGGUUCUAGUGGUUGCUCCUCGCCGUAGUGGCGUUUUCGAAUUGGCCGCAGAAAUGCGCGCUGUGUCGGAUAUUUUGAAGGUCUCCGUGUCGGUCGCUACGAGUGAGACACUCCUCAGGCCUGUCAGCAGCAGAACUGUCCGACUAUCCAGCGUGGCAGAUCUGCAGGCUGCCAUGGGGCAUCGACAAGCUGGGAAAGACGCGCUGUCUAGCUUGAUGCUCGUCCUAUGCGAGGAUCUGCAGGAUUUGGAUGCGACCUACGAGCUCGGGGUUUCCCUGCUCCUGCAUGCAACGCAAAGCCUUCCAGUUCGUUUCAUAGGCUUAUCGAGCUCGCUCAACGAUCCAUCCGACCUCGCAUCGUGGCUCGGCGCCGACCCAUUGGCUUUGCAUAGUUUUCGUCCCAGCGACCGUGGCCAGUCGUUAUCGGUUCAUAUCCAAACUUUCACAAUCCCUCAGUCAGCCGCGCUGUUCAAAGCUAUGGCGAAGCCAACUCACACGGCUGUUCAGGGUACUCCAAAGGAACCGUCGAUCGUGUUCAUUCCCUCCCGUAACCAGUGUCGAUCGAUAGCACACGAUUUGAUGACACAAUGUGCACUAGGAUCGGGAACGGACAGAGGCUAUCUACCCGACGACGUGCCAGCGCAGUCGCUGAAAAACAUUAUCAAUAGACUGCAGGACCGUGACAGUUUGGAGGACUUCUUGACGCAGGGCAUAGGCUUCUACCACGACGGGAUGACGAAGACAGAUCGCAAGUUGACACUAGAGCUCUACGCAGAAGGCAUGGUGCGCGUCCUCAUCGUCCCCCGGGAAGCGUGCUGGCGGCUGCCUGUCCGAGCGGCAACCGUCGUGGUCAUGGGUACGCAAUACAUCAGCGGCGAGGAGCGGCGGGUGCGCGACUACGACCUCCAGGAGCUCGUCCGGAUGCAAGGACGCGCCGUGCGACAUCAUGGUGCAGGCCACUUCCAUCUGUUUUGCCAGGCGGAGAGCAAGGACAUAUUCAUCCGCUUCCUUGACGAUGGUCUCCCGCUUGAGUCAAAGCUAUUAGAGACAGGGCUGCUAGAGGCUUGGUACCACGACCGCCGGAAGGACGGCACUAUCGCGGACAGGCAGCAGGCAGUUGACGCGCUCUCGUUCACUUUCCUUGCGCGGAGACUGAGUAGCAAUCCGGUCUACUACGACGGGUCGUCGACGUCGGUUAACGAGCUGCUCUCACGCAUCGUGGACAGAUUAGAGGAAGGCGUGGCAAACGGUUGA